AUGAAGCCCCGACCAAGAUCUCGAAGAAGACCCGACCAAGAUCUCGAAGCCAAGACCCGACCAAGAUCCCGAAGCCAAAGACCCGACCAAGAUCUCGAAGCCAAGACCCGACCAAGAUCCCGAAGCCAAGAUUCGACCAAGAUCCCGAAGCCAAGACCCGACCAAGAUCCCGAAGCCGAGACUCGACCAAGAUCUCGAAGACAAGACCCGACCAACAUCUCGAAACCAAGACCCGACCAAGAUCUCGAAGCGAGACCCGACCAAAGAUCUCGAAGCCAAGAACCCGACCAGAUCUCGAAGCCAAGACCCGACCAAAGAUCCCGAAGCCAAGAUCGACCAAAUCCGAAGCCAAGAAGACCAAGAUCUCGAGACCAAGACCCGACCAAAUCUCCAAGCCAAGACCCGACGAAGAUCUCGAAGCCCGACCAAGAUCCCGAAGCCAAGACCCGACCAAGAUCUCGACCAAGACCCGAGAUCUCCAAGCCGAGACCCGACCAAGACCAAGACCCGACCAAGAUCUCGAAGACAAGACCCGACCACAUAAGCCGAGAUAUCCCGAAGCCAAGACCCGACCAAGAUCCCGAAGCCAGACCGACCAAGAUCCCGAAGCCAAGACCCGACCAAGAUCCGAAGCCAAGACCCGACCAAGAUCUCGAAUUCAAGACCCGACCAAGAUCCCGAAGCCAGACCCAACCACGAUCCCGAAGCCGAGACCCGACCAAGAUCCCGAAGCCAAGACCCGACCAAGAUCUCGAAGCCAAGACCCGACCAAGAUCUCGAAGCCAAGACCCGGACCAAGAUCUCGAAGCCAAGACCCGACCAAGAUCCCGAAGCCAAGACCGAAUCCCGAAGCCAAGACCCGACCAAGAUCUCGAAGCCGAGACCCGACCAAGAUCCCGAAGCCAAGACCCGACCAAGAUCUCGAGACCCGACCAAGAUCCCGAAGCCAAGACCCGACCAAGAUCUCGAAGCCGAGACCCGACCCCCCGACCAAGACCCCGAAGCCAAGACCCCAAGAUCUCGAAGCCGAGACCCGACCAAGAAGCCCCCGAAAGAUCUCGAGCCGAGACCCGACCAAGAAGCCCGAGAGCCCCAAGAUCCAAGCCCCCCCGACCAAGAUCCCGAAGCCAAGACCCGACCAAGAUCCCGAAGCCCCUUCCCCGAAGAGCCAGCAGCAAAGGCCCCCGAGAUGCUGAUAGCAUUACGACAUCCGAAGCCUCGCCGUUCGACUUUUAA